AUGCCUGAAUUGAAGUCACUGCUCAAUCCAAAAGUGGCCAUUGUUGUCGCUGGCGUCGUCGUCUUUCUUGUCGCUGGAACAUUAGUUACUAUAUUCUACAUCAGGAAUCCCACAGUCGCAGAUGGCUUGUUCAACCACAAUGCAGAGACCAGCACAACAUCACCUGAAGGAGAUCAUCAUGUGGGUGAAGCUGCGAAACUCGGUGCAUCUAUGGCUCCUUCUGUGACAGCAUCAACGUCAGCCCAUGCGAAUGGUUUAACAACAGUUGUACACUUGACCCCAUCUCAUUCGGACACAACGACGGCUCCAUCCGCGGGAGGUGGAUCUGACUCGAAUCUCGACAGCUCAGCGAGUACAGUACAUGCCAUUGAACCAACAAAGCGUGAAUGA